GUCAUUCAUAACGUCACACAUCUGUCAAUCUCAGUCAGUCGUGUCAUGUUUUUAGUCUUCAAAGGAAGCAAAACGAGAUUUGGAACGAAAUUGUAAGAGCAAUAGUUACUGUAACAAGAAAUAAAGUCUACAUCUACAAAACUUGCCUACAAUGGCCGAGAAGCGGAAAACUAAAAAGCGCAAAGAGGAGUUUGGAGAACCCGCCGAGUCCGAGAAGCCGACGAGCGAAGAGUACUCGGUAGCGAAAUGGCUGAAAGCAAACGUUCCCACAAAGAAGACAAAGUUCUUGAAUCACCACGUGGAAUAUUUCACAGGCACAAAAGCUGUGGACGCUCUAUUGACAUCCAAAUGGGCGACCGGCAAGAAUCCCAUAUUCAGUACGCGCCACGAGGUUACAGACUACCUGCACCAAAUGCUGCUGCACAAAUUGUUCCACAGAGCCAAAAAGGUCCCAGUAAGUGAACAGGAGUUGAAAGGCAAAUCUAAGAAGAAGGAUAUGGAAAAGACCAGCAAAAGUGGUGACGAAAAAGACGGAGAGAAGAGCCAGACAAGCGCCUGCGAAGGCAAGGAAUCCAAAGAAGGCAAGGAAAAAGAAAAGGAAAAGAAGAAACGCAAGAUCCGCCUAGAAAUGCACCUUGAACAAGUGUUUCUCGACACUGCAGACGCUUACGUAUGGAUCUACGACCCGAUGCCCUGGUAUUACUGGGUGUGCGGGGCAUUAGUGGUGUUCGGCACAAUCGGCGUUUGUAUGUUCCCCUUAUGGCCCGCUACAGUCAGACUAGGCGUUUACUACCUAAGCAUCGCUGCUGCAGCAUUCCUGGUGAUGAUAAUAGUUCUUGCCGUCCUACGCGUGGUGGUCUUCUGUCUGGUGUGGAUACUGACUUUGUCGCGGCAUCAUCUGUGGCUGCUGCCCAACCUUACGGAAGACGUGGGCUUCUUCGCUUCGUUCUGGCCUCUAUACAAAUACGAAUACCGCGGCCCCGGUUCUGAAAGCGACAAAGCGUCCAAGAACAAGAAGAAGCGCAAGAAAGACAAACAGUCCGACGAUGAGGCAGAAAAGGCGCCUCUGCUGCCCGAAGCCGAGCCACCCGAGCGAGAGCCAGAGCCGGGAGAUAAUAAGGAGGACACGGAAGUAACGCCAAUAUCGCCGAGCACAGACAAACACUCAGAAUCCGAGUCUGAGAAUAGCCAACGAUCGUCCACCGAUCGCGACUUCGAAAUCGUCGAAGCGGAUGACGUAGAACCCGAUCCCAAAGACGUCACCACUUAGAUCUCUCAUCAACUUUUUAUAGCGCUGACAUCGAGUAUACUUUGGACUCCGCACAAAAGUAUAGGUUUUUUGUAAACAGUUGAAACGUGUAACCGCAGUAUUUAAAUUUACAGUGAGAUUUCUAGGGAAAUUGUAAGUUUUUGUAUUUUUAACGAUUUUGACUGACACGUUUGUUUUUUUUUGUUGUUGUGGCGA